AUGGGUGCCCCCGAAGACGAGUUUGCCGACCAGAUCAAGGUCCAGGGCUGGACUAUGUAUGCGGUGGGGUUGAUGUUUGUAGGCCUGCGCAUGUAUGCAAGCAUCACGAAGCUUGGCUGGAGGCACUUGCGCCUUGAUGACAUAUUGAUGUUGCCGGCCCUGGUUCUCUACACAGGCCUCAUCGUGGGACUAAACAUCACAUGUUCGGGAGGCGGAUCGAUUCCGUAUCCGCCAGACGCCGCUGGCCCUCUGACCGAAGAAGACAUCCAGGAGCGCAUCAGGGGAUCCAAGAUCGCCCUCGUCAACGAACAAUGCCUCCUGAACCUCCUCUACGUCCUCAAGUGCUGCAUGCUAGUGCUGUACACGCGGCUCACCCUCGGGACCAACGCGCAGCGCCUGGUGCGGCUGCUGGCCGUGUACGUGGCGCUGUGCUGGACGACGACGCAGGUCAUGUUCUUCAGCCACUGCCGGCCGUUUUCGGACCUGUACGCGUUCCCGCCGCCGUCGCGCGACUGCACGACGUACGAGAGCUACGAGCUGGUCGAGGGCGUGCUCAACGUCACGUCGGACCUCUUCAUGCUCUGCAUCCCGCUCCCGCUCGUCGUGCGCGUGCGCAUGCCCCGGCGCCAAAAGGCCAUGCUGGUCGCCGUCUUCUCCACCGGCGUCUUCGUCAUCGUCGCCGCCGUCCUGACAAAGUGCUUCGACCUCACCGCCGGCUGGGACCCGGCCUACAUGCUCUGGUACAUCCGCGAGACCAGCGUCGCCGUCUACGUCGCCAACAUGCCCAUCAUCUGGCCCCUGCUCCUGCAGUGGUGCCCCUGCCUGAGGCCAAAGUCGAAGCUGACGAGGGAGAGCGACGAUCCCGUGCUGCCCGCGCCCACCUUUGCCAUGCCUGUCUUUGGUGCUGGUGCUGGCAGUCGCGGCACCGGCGGUACUGGCGGCGCCGGUGAUGCGGCGGAGAGCUUCCACGGGGACGUCGAGGGUCGGGAUCUCGCCGAGCGGCGCCCCAGCGAGGACGGGUCCGAGAUUGAUAUACAUACAGCCCUGGGCGCUGCUCCAGAAUUGCUGACGCCGCCGCAGAGGUCGUAUGCGGUGCCGAGGCGCAGCCUCGGGGAUUUCCCCACUCCGGCCCUGGCUUCUGACAGCAGCGGGAACGUCCGGGACGGGAAUCGGACGGGCACGAUGGGAAGCCGUACAGAUGUCGGCCUGCCGGAGACCAGCGAGCAAAGAACGGGUACCGAUAACGACGAGGAGAAAGAGAAAGCAUCCGGCCGUGCCACAUGA